AUGGAUAAGACGGAUCGCAUACUUAUUGUAGGCGCUGGGCUCUUCGGGCUGGCCACCGCUCGUCAGCUUGCUUCCGAAGGUCACCAAAAUAUUACUGUCAUUGAUCGGCACGUUCCAGAUGGAUCCAGCGUUGACAUCUCCCGAGUCAUCAGAUUUGACUAUGCAGACGAUGUUUACUUGGGAAUGGCGUUGGAUGCUUACCAGAAAUGGUCGAUAUCCCCCAAGUACAAAGAUAUCUUCUUCCCGUCUCCCUUUAUUCUCAGCGCCAACUCUAUAGGCUCUCUUGGACGGUCGUAUAUUAACAAAUGCACUGCAUCCCUAACCGAAAGAGGACUUCCUUGGAAGGUUCUUGAAGAUGCCAAAGCUGCGAAGGAAUUGUACCCAAGCUUGACUGGAACACUGGCCGAACCUAACUUUGUGGGCUACACCAACACUCAAGCCGGCUGGGUAGAUUCUUCCAAGGCUAUAAGCCAGCUCCGUGAUGACUGCCUCGAGUUAGGCGUAUCAUUUAUUUCCGGCAGCGCUGGAACGGCAGUGAAAUUCGAGGACAAAGAUGGCCAGAUUUGGGCAGUUCGAACGUUUGCUGGUACACUGAUUGAGGGCGAGCAUUUUAUACUCGCCGCUGGAGCCUGGGCAUCUAGUAUUGUGCCCUUCUACGGCUCUGUUCUGGCCACCGCACAAGUAGUAGGAUAUAUGCGCUUGACCGACGCAGAACUAGAGCGGUACCGAGAAUUGCCCAUCAGUAUCAACUUUUCCACCGGCUGGUUCAAUUUCCCACCCCAUCAAGAAUCAAAGCUGCUCAAGAUGGCCAUCCACGGUUGGGGGUACACUCGUUCUCCUGAACCGGAAGAAAAGGCCACAAUCAAGGCCGACGUCUCAAUGCCCCCGCUGAAGGCACCUCGUGAGCGAGCAAAUUUUGUUCCCAAAGACGGAGAGAACAGGCUGAAAGAAGGGCUUCGAGAAAUUCUCCCUGAGUUGGCGGACCGACCCUUCGAACGGACUGCGGUCUGUUGGUACACCGAUACUCCCUCUGGCGACUUCAUCAUGGAUUUCCAUCCGGAUUACAAAAACCUCAUGGUAGCCGGGGGCGGCAGCGGACAUGCUUUCAAGUUCUUGCCAGUGCUGGGCGAAUACGUCACGUUGAGAAUGAAGGGAUUGCUACCUGAAAGCCUGGCCAACAAGUGGAGACUGAGGAAAGACUAUCAAAAUGGUUCCAAUCUUUUUGGGGGUGAUGGCAGUCGAGGCGGGCCAGAGCGGCAGAACCUGUUCUCAGACGAGAUCAAACCUAGACUAUAG